AUGAAGAUGCUCAAGGUGCAAGGUCUUUUGGCCUUGAUUUGUCUCGUCUCUCUCCCCUUUGUUGUCCCGGUGUCAACGGUGCUCUCGCGCAAGAAGCAUGGCCACUCCAUACGGGGGAUUCAGUGUGGAACGCCCACAGGAAAUGCCCCGCCGGGUCAGGAACUGUGUCCUCUGGGGAUGUGUUGUUCUCGAUAUGGGUACUGCGGUGUUACGCCCGAAUACUGUGGACUAGGAUGUCAGAGCAACUGCCAUCAGAGGCACGCCAAAUUAGACUCUUGCAACGGGACAAAAUCCGUGACUCGGUCAGUUGCGUACUAUGAAAGCUGGGCAAGCCACCGUCCCUGCGACUCGUAUGUGCCGUCGAAUAUCGACCCAACGCCCUGGACGCACAUCAACUUCGCCUUUGCGCUGGUGGACAACUCGAGCCAGGUGAUCAUGUCAGCGCAAAAUGACACCGUCCUCUACGACCAGAUGAAGGAUCUGAAGAACAAAAAGUCGGGUCUGCAGAUCUGGAUUGCCGUGGGAGGCUACACCGUGGGCUCGGCACCCUUCUCGAAGCUGGCAGCCACCCCCUCUGGUCGCAGCGCUUUCAUCAACUCGACCUGUUCUUUCAUGUCGAAAUACGGCUUCGAUGGCGUCGACAUCGACUGGGAGUAUCCAGCUGCCACUGACAUGGGUGGAACGACGGCCGAUACGGCCAAUUUCGUGACGCUCGUGAAGGAGUUUCGUGACCAAUGCAAGGACAAGGGGCUCUCGAUCACUAUUCCUGGGGGAUCUUACUACAUGAAGGGCUUCGACCUCAAAGGCCUGGAGCCAUAUGUCGACUGGCUGAAUGUCAUGACGUAUGAUCUGCACGGCAGCUGGGAUAAGCCGACGCUGGCUCUGCCGCAUACGAAUUUGAGUGACAUCACGCAGUCGCUGCAGCUGCUUUGGAACGCUGGAGUAGAUCCAAAGAAAGUGAACAUGGGCCUGGGCUACUACGGAAAGUCGUACACGCUCUCCAACGCCUCCUGCACCACGCCGGGCUGUGCUGCAACGGGGCCCGGCAAGGCAGGUCCUUGCUCCGCCGAGGAGGGCACUCUGAUCGACGCAGAGAUUGACGCGAUUCUGAAGAACAACACGUCCAUCAAGCCCGUGCUGGAUGAAAAUGCUGCAGUCAAGUAUUUCUCCUGGGAUAAUAACCAAUGGGUCUCCUACGACGACGCGGAAACGCUUGAGCUCAAAGUGAACUACGCCAACAGCAAUUGUCUUGGCGGGAUAAUGACCUGGGCGAUCGAUAUGAAUCCCCUCAACACUUCCUCGAUCAAAUUACCUGGUGACUUGAUAGGAUCAUGA